AUGAUCACUCCGACCCGAUCACAUCUCCUAUCCCACGGCCUGAAGAACUUCCUCAGUAAAUCAAACCUAACGCACCCGCAAAAGAACUUCACCGUAAACGAGCACAACGCCGAAGUCAGAGCCAUAAUGUCCACCCAAACGCAGCAGCAGAGCUUCGGGUUUCCCAAAUCCAGCUCCGCUCCUGGCGAACAUUUCGAGCCAAGGCAGACGGCUACGAGUGAAGAUUACACGCCCGAUCCGAGCAAGAGUAUCAAGUUGUCGCCGGCCAGACAGAGACUCGUUGACGAUAUAAUUGCACUGUACAGCUGCCAACCCACAGUCGAGCGCGUCAAGCGCUACACUCCAGAUUGCGUCUACGACGACCAAUUCGUGUACGCCAACGACCGAUACAAGAUGGCGGGGCAAUGGUUCGCUCUGCCUAAGCUAUUCAAAUCGUCCAUCAACGAGUCAUACGAGGUCAUUCGAUCCGACGACGAGAUCAUCCAGUUCAAGAACAAGCAGUCAUGGACGUUUCGACUGAUCCCAAAGACGGCGACGAUAACGGGGUUGGUGUCGUUGUCCUUGGAUCCAGAUUCCAGGGAUGGAGAGUUCAUGCAGAUUAAGUACCAUAAAGAUCAGGCGAAUGAGAAGGAUUAUAGUCACGAGGGGCUGGGGUUCUCGUUUAAAAAGUGGCAGGCGGAUAAUGUGGUGAAGCAUAUGGAUACACCGGAGUUGAAGGAGUUCGAAGCUGAUAAGUUGGCGGCGAAGGAACAUGUCAGGAAGUAUGGGACAGGUAAGGAGGAGGGCGAUGCGCCGAAGCAUGACUUUACGAGAUGA